AGCCGCUCUCCUUUGACCUUUUCCUUAAUGGCGGAGCGAGGUGCUGGGGACCGCGGCGGCUUUGGCCGUGGAUUCGGGCGCGGCAGGGGUGACAGGGGCGACCGGGGCCGCGGGGGUCGGGGCCGUGGCCGACGAGGGGGAGGCCGGCGCGACGAGGAGGAGAAAUGGGUGCCCGUCACCAAGCUCGGCCGCCUCGUCAAGGAGGGGAAGAUCACCAGUCUCGAGCAGAUCUACCUCCAUUCUCUCCCCGUCAAGGAACACCAGAUCGUCGACACCCUCCUCGGUGGCCGCCUCAAGGACGAGGUCAUGAAGAUCAUGCCCGUUCAGAAGCAGACUCGCGCCGGACAGCGCACCCGUUUCAAGGCCUUCGUGGUCGUCGGCGACAGCGACGGCCACGUCGGCCUUGGCGUCAAGUGCGCCAAGGAGGUCGCCACCGCCAUCCGUGGCGCUAUCAUUCUGGCCAAGCUCUCGGUGGUCCCCGUCAGGAGGGGAUACUGGGGAAACAAGAUCGGGAAACCCCACACUGUCCCGUGCAAGGUCACUGGUAAGUGUGGCUCGGUCACUGUCCGCCUGGUGCCGGCACCGAGAGGUGCGGGGAUUGUGGCUGCCCGUGUGCCGAAGAAGGUCCUCCAGUUCGCUGGAAUCGAGGACGUAUACACCUCAUCCCGCGGUUCGACUAAGACUCUUGGAAACUUUGUGAAGGCCACUUUUGAUUGUCUCAUGAAGACCUAUGGAUUCCUGACACCCGACUUAUGGUUGGAAACCCGCUUCAGCAAAUCUCCCUUCCAAGAAUACACAGACUUGCUCGCAAAGCCUACCAAGGCAAUUCUCAUAGAAAAUUCAGAGACGAUCGAAGCUUAGGAUUCCUGGAACUCCAUCCCCUCUCCCAUCACCCGUCUCUCACAGUUGUGCCUAAAUGGGACCUUAGUUAAGUACUUUUGAUUUUGUAUCUAUUAUCUGCUGAAAUUUAUGUAUGGCUUUACUCUUUCUUCUCUCUGUAAUAUCACCAUUAUGUUAUGUGCUGCUACUUGACAAUUCUUCA